AUGCUGAUCUUGGUAGUGACGUCAUGUCUGACGUCAAUUCUUAUGUGCUGCAUUGAGUGUCACACAAUAAGAGAUACAAACAGGCUGCUAAGAGAAAAACUUGCAGACUAUAAUAAAAAUACGAGACCAACAUUCGACCAAUCAAAACCGACAGUAGUGAACUAUACUUUAGAUAUCAUUUACAUUCAAGAGUUUGAUGAGGUAAAACAGAAAUUUUCGUUUAUUGGUGUUGCUUCGAUUAUUUGGAUAGAUGAAGAAAUGAAAUGGAAUCCGGCUGAAUACGGGGGGUUAGACUCUCUUCUUACGGCGUCUGGUCCUUUCUGGAAACCGGAAAUUACUUUAGCCAACAGUGUCGGUGGAAUAGAACCUAUCGCAGCCGACGACCUGAAAAUACGCUUUUCACCCAACGGGUAUGCUUACUAUACUCCAGGGAAGUUAUUUUCAAGCGCAUGCGAUGUCGACGUAACAUUUUACCCUUUUGAUAUUCAUACCUGUCAAUUACGUUUUACACCGCACGGCCAUAGACCGGACGAAGUCCUUAUAAAUGUGGAAAACACGAAAGUAGGUCAAGAAUUUUUCUUACAAAAUGGGGGCUGGAAAUUGGUUGAUUCACAUAUCAAUGUGUCUUUGUUUACGUUCUUUUCAGAGCUAACUGUAUACAUAACUAUAGAAAGAAAGCCACGGUACGCCAUCGUAAACGUCAUUCUUCCGAUUAUAUUUUUGGCGUAUCUAAGCAACGUUGUUUUUGUCAUUCCUGCUGAAUGUGGUGAAAGGAUAUCGUACAGUAUAACUGUUUUACUUGCAACUGCCGUAUAUGUAACAAUCGUUGGUGAUAAUUUACCUAAAACGUCUUUUCCAAUGGCUUACUUCAGUUACUAUCUACUUGCUUUGUUAAUAACAAGCAUUUGUAUAACCCUGGCAAACAAUUUUUCAACCUGUGUAUUUACCAUUACACUACAUCCGACCCAGUUACAGGGUGUUGGGAAAAAGAUCAACAUCUUGUUUUAA